AUGAACAGAUUCUUCCUAUUUUUGGUUCUCUGUCUUGUCGCCCUCGCCUGCGUCCAAGCUCAACGCCGUGAGAAAGUUGAACGAGUCCCAAUGUCCUUCCGUGGAGACAUAUGUGACAAGGUCUGCAGCAAACGUGAUGGCUGGGAACGAUGCGAAAAGGAGAAGAAGCGCGGUGAUUGGGAGGUAACAUGCACUGACACUCAGCGCAGCUCAGGACGAGGAGGAAAAGGAGGAAAAGGUGGACGCGGUCGUGAUUGA